AUGGCUUUGAAUACCAAUUUCAAUGCUUCGGUCGGCAGUAUCCUGCCCCCCUGGUCUCCAGGAACUCUCGACAUUCAUUUCAUCGAUACAGGUGUUGGCAACGCUGCCUUCGUGAUAGGCCCAGAUGCAACAACCAUUCUGAUAGACUGCGGAGCCACUCGCGGUGGACCCCCAGCAUCAACUCCUCUCCGCCCUAACCAAGAAGAAACUGUAGGUCAAAUCGUCUCUCGCUAUGCUCUUCGACAUGCUGCUCCCGCAAAGCGAACGACACUGAACUAUAUGAUCGCCACCCACGUCCACCCGGACCACGUUGGCAAUCCCAUCCCUAGCGACAAACUCGACCCUGGAGGUUACUACCUCACAGGUCUUAGCGAAAUCGACUCUCUCAUGCCCGCCGACCUCGUGAUAGAUCGUGGCUUUCCAACCUACGACCCUCUGCCAACCAUCAACGCCCCCUUCGCCACAAACCACAUUGCCUGGCUUCAAUCCCGCAUCAACUCCGGCAAACGCGUCGAGCAAGUAUCCGUCGGCUCCGAUACUCAACUCACACCACGCAACACUCCCAACUCAUUCCAAGUCCGCUUCAUCGGCGGCAACGGCGAAGUCUGGACCGGCAACGGCACCUCCUCUCACUCCAUCCUCGCCCCUCCGACCUCCUGGACCUCCUCCGCCAGCCCCGAAGAAAACCACAUGUCCAUCGCCCUCACGCUCUCCUACGCCGGCUUCCGCCUCUUCACAGGCGGCGACAUCGUAGCCGACACCCAAGACGGCGCCUACCCCUGGCUCGACGUCGAGACGCCCAUCGUCGAAGCCGCAGGUGAAGUCGACGUCGCGACCGCGGACCACCACGGCUACUUCGACGCAUGCUUCGCCGGCUUCACGAAGGCGCUCAACGCGACGUCUUACGUCGUUCAGGCAUGGCACGCCACGCACCCCGCCAUGGAUGGCCUCCAGCGCAUGCUGAAUGCGUGGCCGGGGAGGGAGGGCAGGGAUGUGUUUAUCACGAGGUUGGACCCCGCGAGUGAGGCGGUGAAUGCGAGGUUUUUGAAGAGUGCGAGGAGUGUCGAGGGGAAUGUUGUUGUGAGGGUUGGGGAGGAUGGGAGGUAUAGGGUUUUUGUGACGGAUAGUAGGGAUGAGGAGGAUAGGGUUACGUUUGUGGGGGAUGUUAGGACUGCUAAGGGGAGGGGUGGGUGA